GCUGGAACAAGAUACUUACCAAACGGAGAUGUGACGAGGAGCUGUCCUUGGGAGAAGAGAGGGGGGUGAAGAUGAUCGCACGGGAGAACACGAAGAAAAGUAUCAGGAGUUUCCGAGCGAAGCACAUGCAUAUUACUGGCGAACCUAUCAACAGCGUGGCGAUAAGGAGCGAGAUCGAAUGGCUGACCAGCCGUUAUCUGGUUUGUCCAACGGACAAGGCGCCGCACACCCCCACUUUCAUCUGCAUCAACUUCAUCAGAAGGUUGGCGCUGCAAAGGCUUUCGGGUCCGGACUUCACACCACUUCCAGAUCCUCCGGAGCAGGAGGCGGCAAGGUUAAUGAGGGAGGCUGCUGCCUUCACCCAUAUUGGGCACGAGGCGCUGCCACUCCCACACCUCAUGGCGGUUUACAAGGCGCACAAGCAAUCUUUCAGGCGGAUCACGAACUCUGCAGGAUCGGUGCUCUCCCCGGUGGCGGACAUGUGCGAUAGGCUACUUAAGCUCCUGGCGGAGGAUGUCCAGGCCCUUUGCACGAGUAGGAGCGAAGAGGUCCAUGUUGAGCACGGAGUCAGACCCAACUUCUGGUGGCCGAUAUCCUCGAUCGGCGAGUUCGUAGCCAACAUCCCGCUUCGCAUCUACUCUGUCUUCACAGGGGAUAUCACCAGGUGCUUCGAGACGAUACCCACGGACAGAUCGGAGGACGGACUGCUGGAGGCGAUUAGAUUCUUCGUUCGUUGUGCCAUGGAAUGGAGGAGGGCCAGAACAACCAGAACGGAAUGCUGGAAGGUGGUAGAUAGGGUUUUUCGCAACAGGAAGAGAUAUCAGCCCGGCAGGGUGAUCGACUAGAUGGUCAAGGCCAACCUAAUCACCAGAUUUGGCAUGCACUAAUCUGUGUUCUGUGAUGUCCGUGAGCGUGUGUGGGGACCGGGGGGCUACGGGCCGGAAGGGCCCGAUGCCUCCCGACAUCCAACCUUCCGGCCUGUAUCCCAUUUUCCGGUGGGAUGGGGGCGGGGCACACACACACACACACACACACACACACACACACACACACACACAUACACAUAUAACAUGGGGACGAGGAGCGAGGACGAGCAGAAGAAAGAGAAGAAUCGCCAAGAACAGAAGAUAGAUGGCAAGGACAAUAAACGCUGGACAAAGCAAUUAAGAGAGAUGAAUAAGAAGUGAAUAAAUAAGCAAGGAAAUA